AUGAUGGAGCCUGCAAAACCGGCCCGCAACGGGUGCUGUUGGAAAUGGGGCAACGCACCCCAAAAUAUGGCGAUGGCCGCGUUGUGUGCAGACGAGGACAGCCCCAACAAAGAGCGCACAUCUCAGAGUGCUACCAAGUUGCGGUCACGCCAAGCAGUCCCUCCAUGCGUGCGUGCUGGUGAUGCUGGUGUCACAGAUCCACACCGCUGCUAUACUGUGAGCACAUGUUGCAGCUAUCCUGCUGAAAAAUCGCACCACAGACAGCAGGCCAGGCUAUACGGCCACGACACAUGUGAUUCCAAGAGAGACGACGUUGAUCAUGUGACGACGACGGCCACCACCGUGUCCACCACCACGAUGGCCACAAUGACCACUACCAUGGCGCACACAGCAGCUGCAGAAGACGGCAGCACCACGCCCAAGCCAACGGCUCCACUGGCCACCAGCACACGCCACCACGAUGUACACCAACAGAAGCAGCAAAGCAGCAAAGCGACGAAAACUCUGCUGUGA